GGGUCACCUAGCCCCGCCCUGGCUGGUGUCCUGCCCUCAGGACAUCCUCUCCAAUCCACCACACACCACCUUACCCCUCUGCGGGCAAGAGGGGACCUGACUCAUCUUCACACUAAACACUCAUUCUACCCAACUGAUUGAGACAGAACAGAAGAUAAACUGAAACUUCUCUGCCUUCGCACUGCAAGAGUGAAUGAGCGAUUCCUCUCAACUGACUCAAAAUGUUUGCCUCACCCAGGAGAUGGAGCUCGCGAAGGCCUUCUCUGGCCAGCGGACACUCCUAUCUGCCGUCCUCAGCAUGCUAUCACUCAGCUUCUCCACAAUAUCCCUGCUCAGCAACUACUGGUUUGUGGGCACACAGAAGGUGCCCAAGCCCCUGUGCGAGAAAGGUCUGGCAGCCAAGUGCUUUGACAUGCCAGUGUCCCUGGAUGGAGAUACCACCAACACAUCCACGCAGGAGGUGGUACGAUACAACUGGGAGACUGGGGAUGACCGGUUCUCCUUCCGGAGCUUCCGGAGUGGCAUGUGGCUAUCCUGUGAGGAAACUGUGGAAGAACCAGCUAAAAGGGAGAUGGAAGAGGAAUUUUUUUUUUAAAUGUGUAUAUUUACAUUUAUAUUUAUUAUUGUGUCACUUAGCACUGCUCCAUCCCCAGUCCUGGAAACAAUUUAGAGCCCUUCGGUCCAGUGGUACAGCGGCAGCAAAAGGGGAGAGGUGCCGAAGUUUCAUUGAACUCACACCACCAACCGAGAGAGGUGAGAAAGGACUACUGGAAUUUGCCACGUUGCAAGGCCCAUGUCACCCCACUCUCCGAUUUGGAGGGAAGCGGUUGAUGGAGAAGGCUUCCCUCCCCUCCCCUCCCUUGGGGCUUUGUGGCAAAAAUCCUAUGGUUAUCCCUGGGAACGCAGAUCACCUACAUCGGACUUCAAUUCAUCAGCUUCCUCCUGCUACUAACGGACUUGCUACUUACUGCGAACCCUGCCUGUGGGCUCAAACUGAGCGCCUUUGCUGCUGUUUCCUCUGUGCUGUCAGGUCUCUUGGGGAUGGUGGCCCACAUGAUGUAUUCACAAGUCUUCCAGGCGACUGCCAACUUGGGUCCGGAAGACUGGAGACCACAUGUUUGGAAUUAUGGCUGGGCCUUCUACAUGGCCUGGCUCUCCUUCACCUGCUGCAUGGCGUCAGCUGUCACCACCUUCAACACGUACACCAGGAUGGUGCUGGAGUUCAAGUGCAAGCAUAGUAAGAGCUUCAAGGAACCCCCGAACUGCCUACCACAUCACCACCGGUGUUUCCCUCGGCAGCUGUCAAGUGCAGCCCCUACCGCGGGUCCUUUGACCGGCUACCACCAGUAUCAUAAUCAGCCCAUCCACUCUGUCUCUGAGGGAGUCGAAUUCUACUCUGAGCUGCGGAACAAGGGAUUUCAACGAGGGGCCAGCCAGGAGCUGAAAGAAGCAGUUAGGUCAUCUGUAGAGGAAGAGCAGUGUUAGGAGUUAAGCAAGUUUGGGGAGUAGGCUUGAGCCCUACCUUACACGUCUGCUGAUUAUCAACAUGUGCUUAAGCCAAC